GAGAACCCCUGCCACGACGACCUGGCUAUGCGGCUAUGUAACCGCGUUCUAAACGCUCCUAAUUCUGCUGAAGCUCGUUUGUACAUUCGUGUGCUUGGUCAACUGCAUCUCUCCCUCGACAAGCCUGGUCUUUACAAGGACCUUCUCCAACUUGUUGAAAUGAUAUUCAAGCACAUUGAUCGGACCUCCCACCUGCCCCUGCAUCGCUUCAAAAAGAAUAUAUUCUCCUGUAUAGAAGCCUCUGGACUGAAGGCGAAGGACUUUAUUGUAGCUGCUGAGGAACAGAACGCGGAGGCAGCGAGCAACGCUGGUGACUCAAAAACUCAGGUGGUAGAGGGAGAGGAGGCUGUUCCAUGUACACCCUCCCUUCUGGGCCCUCCGAUGCCAAGCAGCCAGUUGGAGGAUUGGGACGCGGCCGGGCGCAAGUCUGUGACUCGCAAUAAAAUUCGCUCUACCAUGGCCGGCCUCUCCUUCCGGGGACCAUCCAUAAACCCGCGGCUUCUUGUAUUCUCUGAUGACGAAGACGAAGAUAAUAAUGAUAAGGACGAGGAGGAAGGAGACGAGGAAGUAGUGAAAAAUGAAGCCGACCCGGAGGCUGAGGACAUUCCACCAACGACGGAACCUGCACGUCCUUCUACAGCAAAAUCCUCGUCUAAGAGAAGAAUCCGCGGUGGAAAGCCGACUACUAAAUCUCCUUUUCCCGAAACGGAGGAAAAGAAAACAUCUUCAAACCGGAAACAUGCAAAAGUGAAUACAAGGGCAGCCCCAGCAACGCCGGCGUCCACUAAUAACAUGCCACCACCGGCUUCUUCAUCAGUACGCCACGAAAGGGCUCCGCGCCGAACGCCCCGAUCCAGCACCUCUACCGCCACCACCACUCCGGCUCCGCGAUCGAACGUUCGCACAGCGCCGAUGCGCUCCAAAAACUAG